UGGGACUCAUUCGAGAACUAGGCACAGAAAUGAUAAAACAGGUUCCGAAAACGUAUACGUGCUGAUAUCAAGGUUCAAGAUGUACAUGAAGACUAUAGUGAUCAGUGUACUGGCGCUGCUGGUGCUUCAACACGCCGUAAAGCUCUGUUUCAAGCUGGAUUACCACAAACACAUCUUCAACCAUUACCCUGGACCAUGCCACCAGGUUCAAGGAAUGGGUAUUGGCUCUGAAGACAUGCACUUGAUUGACAAUGGUACCGUGUUCAUUUCAUCAGGAUAUCGGCUUCAAGGAAACUCACCAGCCUAUGACAAGUUCUACUCCGAGAACAAUGUCACGGGCAGAAUCUAUCUGUUCGACAUGAACAACCCCAAGAAGGAGGUCCAGGAGAUGAGCCUGACUUCCACCAAGGAGUUCGACAAGGAGAGGUUUCAGCCCCAUGGUAUUAGUGCGUGGGAAGACAAAAAAACAGGAAAAUUGUAUCUGUAUGCUGUUAAUCACGAGAGAGAUGGAGAGGAGAAAAUAGAGAAAUUCCUGGUGUCUGUGGCCAAGCUGUCUCUUCAACAUCUCAAAUCCUACUUUGGAGAUCCAACAAUAAGAAAAAUGAACGACGUCGUUGCCACCGGUGAUGACAGCUUCUACUUCACUAACUCCCACACUUUCGGAAGUAACGCUGGACUCUUGCUGGAGCUGAUUUCUCUCAUGGCUUUGUCUGACGUCGGCGUCCAUGACGGCAAAGGAUACCGCACAGUAGCAGAUGGAAUCUCCGUGGCCAACGGUAUACAGAUGUCUCGGGAUGGAAAGUACGUCUUCGUCGCAGGCAGCAUGGGACAUGAUUUGAAGAUCUACGAGAGAAGGAACGAUAAUUCCCUAACCUUGAAGCAGUCGUAUGUCUUCCACUCGUUCCCUGACAAUAUCAUGGAGGACCCAGUAUCCGGGGAUUUGUAUAUCGCCUUCCAUCCUAUCGGACAUCUUUUGUUUCAUCACUUUGUGGAUCAUUCUUUAGAAGCACCAUCCCAGGUCCUGCAGGUGAAACUGAAGGAAGGGACGGUGUCCUCGGUGACGGAACUGUUUGUUGAUGACGGACACCUGGUGUCGGGCUCAUCAGUUGCAGUUGUGUACAAGAAGAAGAUGCUGAUUGGCUCCGUGAUUAACAAACUCGUGUAUUGUGAUGUAACUGUGCCCCUUUAAAAUGUAGAAAUAUUUAAAAUUCUUAGAGCUUUUAACUUGCAUAUUUUCAUAAUAAAAGCGAAAAAAACACACUUCUAAAGCACGCU